CACGUCGAGAGCGCAGCGCAGCACAGAGGGCUUCUGCAGAGGAAUCAUGGUCUCAGAGAGCCCCGUCAGGAGCAGGACACCCGGCCACAAGAAGGUCUCCAAACCGCUGAUGGAGAAGAAGAGAAGAGCGCGCAUCAACACGUGCCUGGAUCAGCUGAGGACUCUUCUGGAGAGCCUGCACUCCAGCGAUAUACGCAAGCGGAAGCUGGAAAAAGCGGACAUUUUGGAGCUGACGGUGAAACACCUGAAACAUCUUCAAAAGACUGGGAAAGGGUUCCCUCCUAACUGCGGUGUUGCUGAGUACCAGGCGGGCUACGCGAGCUGCCUCGCCGGUGUGAACCAGUAUCUCCUGAUGUCUGACGCAGACGCGGCGUGUAGGUCCGGCGUGCUGACGCAGAUGACCCGCGGCCUCCUCCGCCUCGGAGCGCCGCUUCCAGACUUCAGCACCGCGGACAGCGACUCCUCCAGGGCCCCGCCAGCGAGGAGGGGGCGGGACCACAGCGGCGAGUCUAAGCGGACUCAAACCUGCGAGCACCAAACACCUGCACACGGACUCCUCGACCAGCGCAAACGCGCUCAGGCUGACAGAAGCCGCGGCGCACCGACAGCCCUGCAGCAGAGCUACUGGCGGCCCUGGUAG